AUGAUAUAAAUUGAAAUAAUUUUGUUUGAAAAUAUUGAUUUAAUUAGUCAAAAAAAAAAAAAGUAAAAAAUGAAAUCAUAAGAAGUAGAUCUAAAUAACAAAAUUAGUAAUACAAAAACAAUACCAAAUGAUUCAGAAAUAAGAGCUCAUAAAAAUAAUCAUGCAUAGACAUAGAUUAUAACUAAUAAAUCUACUAUUCAAUAAUAGAACUAAAGAGUUCAAAGUUAAUAAAAUCGAACUUAAAUCAUUCAAAAUGUAAAUUUUUCUAAUUAAUUUUAGUUUUAUUUACCUCUUUAGAUAAAGAAAAUUAAGGAUGAACUUUUAAUAGAUAAAGAAAUCCAUGAAAAAGCUUAGAAAAAGGAAGAUGCAAAAGAAUGGUUUUAAGGUAAAAUAAUAAUGCAACGUAAAUUUGGUUAUUGUAAAUAUUACAAGAAAAAAUAAUAUUAUUAUGAAGGAUAAUUUUCAUGUGACCUAAAACAUGGAAAAGGUUUAAUAAUUUAUGAAGAUGGAACUCAUUAUGUAAGAAUUAAAAUUAUAUUAAGUAAGGAGAAUUUUUUGCAGAUAAACUUCUAAGUGAUAAUGGUAUAUUUAAAGAUUUUGAAGAAGAAUGCAAUAAAAAUAAAUAACUAGAAAAAAAAAAAUUAGAAUUUCCAAAUGGUGCAAUAUAUUAAGGUUAAGUUCUUGAUGGUAAAAGACAUGGUAAAGGAAUUUAUACUUGGAAGGAUGGUACUAAAUAUGAAGGUUAAUUUGAAAAUGAUUAAAUAAAUGGAUAUGGAAUCAUGGAAUUUGCAGAUAGUAGAAAAUAUAGAGGAGAAUGGGUGAAUGGAGAAAUGGAAGGAUUUGGUUAAUUUGUUUGGCCUAAUUUAGAAGAAUAUAAAGGAUUUUAUAAAUAAAGUAAAAGACAUGGUUUUGGAGUAUUUAAAUAUAAAAGUGGAAUUCGAUAUUUUGGAGAAUUCGUAAAUGGAUUAAAUCAUGGUGCUGCAGUUUUAAUUUAAAAAAAUUACAAACCUAAAAUUUCCUAAUGGUAAGAUGGAAAAUAAAUUGAAUGA